AUGGAUGAAGUUAAGGAUACGUCCAUCGAUGCCUUGAAGGCGCAACUAAAAGGUGUGAUUAUCCUGAAUACAUCAGUGAAGGUCACAGAUGAAGAUGAAGAUUUAGAUGGUCACAAUUAUGUUCCAAGUUCAGUACGUACUUGUGAUCAUGCUUGUUCAAGUGGACUCAAAACUACACUCGACGCUUCUAAUGAUAAUGAACUAUGUGAGCCUGUUACUGUGCUUGAGAAAAGUGUUAUGGAUAUUGCUUCUUUUGUUGAAGAUGAGAGGUUGAGGAAAAUCGAGAAGAAUAAGAAGAAGCAUCAAGGUGAAGAAUUGAAAGAAGAAAAGGCAGUAGAUGAAGAGAAUGUAAAAGAAGAAGAAGAAGCAAAAGAUGAGGAGAGGAAAGCUGAAGAAGAAGCAGAAAAUAAAGAGAAAACAGAAGAAAAAUGA